AUGGCCGACCUGGCCAUGCGCUGGAUGCCCAAGGACAACAUGACCGAAUCUACCGCCGACCACCUGCUCAAUGCCACUGCUGCUGCCAUUCACCACGCCGCAUCUUCGACCGCCGCCCCUGCUGCCUUGCCCUCCUCGUCUGGCUACCUCUCGUUCCUCAGUCUUCCCUUCUCGGCCGACGCAAUCAAAGGCUUCGGCGGCAUGUUCGCAUACAUCGGCUCUCGCUGGGCCCUGGCCACCUUUGCCAUUGUACGCUCUUCCCCUGUCAGUCACAUCCUCGUACCGACAGCUGACUAUGCCUGUUCUAGUNCCAUCUUCCUCAAUCGCACCCACUUCUACGCUUCGUCUCGCCAGAGCCUAAACNCCCGUUGGCACACCCGUCUACUCCUGUACUCAGGUCCCAUCCUGCUCCUCUCUUAUCACAUCUUGUCCAUCCUGCAAGCUCUCAAAUGCCAAACAUCCCCGGACUAUCCUCUGUUACGCUAUGGCGACCCAAACAAGCAACUGGCCAUCAACUUUGGCGGAGAAGGUGGCUUUGUACACGUCUUCAGCUCCAAGCUGCUAUUCUGGAAGUCGGACGCUGAGUGUUGCCGCGCCAUGAACAUGUCCCUCCAGGACGACAAAUUCCUCGAUGUUAUGGGCUCUUUUUCUCUGCUCUGGCCUCUUUUCCUGGCCCUCUGUUUCAGCCAGUUCAUUGAAACGCUAAAUUGCGCUCUCCAAGGUAGACAGCCUCUGCCCGAGACUGGCAUGACCACAUUCGAACACUCUCUGGCUUUUGCCGAGUCGGAAGCCAUGCUUACCAACGCCAUCGGCUUGAGUGUCUUUGGCCCCGCCGAUUCGUCCUCUCACCCCCGCCCAGCCUCCAACUCGUCCGACCCUUCGGACUUGUCCAGCAUACUUCUGACCAAGUCCAUGGUUCUUCAACGCCUCAACGUUCCUUCAGAGGUCUUGCUCAUCGCCCUCAUCUCUUGUAUGAGCCACAUUAGUAGUGCAGUGCUCGCCAUCACCGGCCGGAGACACCAAUUGCGUCUCGUCAACACGGCUAUUUGGGCCGUAUGCUACAUGGCUGCUUUCUGCUGGAGCUUUGUCAACGCCCUUUCUAGUCCCCUCGGUUCUGAUGUUAGCAUUCUUCGCUUCCCUACUGUCUGCAUCAUCGGUUUCAUACCUCACAUGCUCAUCAUUCUAGGCAUCUUGGUUUGCUCCUUCAUAUAUGCCGUGGCCUUGUUGCUCAACGCUCUAUCACUUCCACCCAGUGCUCCGCCGAAUCCCUCCAUCAAAGAGCGCUUUUCGAUCGCUUUCAACAAUAUGCAAGCGAACGUUCAAUUCUCAUCUGUCUCAUCUAUGAGGCUAAGUUGGACCGAGGAUUUCUACACUGUCCUGCUUAAAAUAGGCUUCAACGUUCUGACUGCCGCAAGCGAAUCCGUCUUCUUGAACGAAGGAAGCAAAAUUCAGAUCCAUGACAUGACCUGGCUUGAAAAGGAACGAAUCCAAGAACUUACUUCCAUGUUAGAGAACCGCCGCCGAGCAGACUUGGUCCCGUCCGACUUGCUCGACGAACGUAUUGCGAGGGGUCUCAGCUUCACUGAUCACAAGACAAUGCCCUCGUCAUCGGGCUUUGCUGUCGAGCGAAAAUCAAAAUCUACUACCGAAGCCGCUAGUAAUAGAACCAUCAAUAGCGACAAUGGACUCGGGAUUGCAGAACGUCGUGGCAGAUGGCAGCUGAGCUUUGAGUUUCUGAAAAGUCUGCUUUGGUUGCUCAUCCGCAUCAACAGUCGCCUUGCUUUGACUUGUCUUUCGAUGCUGGGUAUUGAGAGAACCCCCAACUGGUUGACCAGAGCCGCCGACUAUAGCCAGCCAGCUGCCCCUCCCGCUUCUUCACAACAACGAUCCGGUCAACGAGCUUCGAUCCCUGACUUCUGGCUGGUUUCUGAGAGGGGCGUGUUAUCUUUGCCGCAGAAUGGUGAUAUCGACGUCGAAGUAGAGCUGCGCAGACGACUGCAGGCUGCUCCUGGUGACCCUGCAGGAGAGGACGCUGUCGAUACCGAUCUGUACAAUUGGUGGAAACGUGGUGGGUGGUGGGGUGAUCUUGACACCAGCGGUAAUUACGAAGCUCGAGAGCAGGACGACGAUACGACCAGCAUGAUCUCUAUGUCAACAAACGCACCUAGCGAAGCCGAUUCAGAAGACGAGAGUGGCAGAAGGACACCAACGCAGGAAGACUACACUCGAAGUCGAGAGCAAACACCUGCAGCAGACUUCGAGGUGACAGACCUAGUUCGACUACUAGAUCCAAAGACAGCAGCGGACAGAGAAGAAGCACAGAUGCUGUCUCGUCAUCUCCAAAGCGAGAAGCCUAUGACCCGUUCACAGUACCGUCACCGAAUGAACCGUGAAAAGGCACGGGUGCUCAACGUUCCCUACCUCGAGUCAGCGUUCAGUGAAGGCACAGAAGGGGCUGUGAGUCUGAGCAAUGAGACGGAGAAUCUGGAACGAUUCCUCCUCGAACGUCGUCUAGCGAAACGUCCAGAACUGGAUGGAGGUGCUGGGUCGUGGGACUCUGGCGCCGAGGGCAUGGGAUCUAGCGGACCACAGUGUGUCGUCUGUCAGAGCAGUCCUCGUGUCAUCGUUGCAUGGCCCUGUGGCUGUCUCUGUGUAUGCGACGAGUGCAGGGUAGGCGUUGCCACGCGAAACUUCACAAAAUGCAUGUGCUGCAGGACCAAGGUUGUGGCGUACUCCAGGCUAUAUGUCCCUUAG